CGUUUUCGUUUUCGUUUUCUCGGCCCGGCGAGCCAGGCGUGCCGGGGCGGGGCUGCCCGGGGCCGACCGCCGAGAGCGCCUCCGGCCCGGGAAAGCAGCGGCGCGGCGGCCAUGGCGUUCGCCGACCAAGUGUUUCGGGUGCUGUGCGCCAGCGGCGGCUGCCUGGAGCAGGGCGAGCUGCAGCGGCAGCUGCCGGGCCCGCCCGCCGCGGAGCAGCUGGCGCGGGUGUUGCGGGACACGCAGCGGUUCACGCUGGUGCGGCGGCCGGGCGAGGCGGGGGCGGCGGCGGCGGGGGUGGUGGCGGUGGUGGCCACCAGCCCCGUGCGGCUGUGCCAGGAGCACGGCGCGGGCUGCGAGGGGAAGUGCGGGCGGCUGCACCUGUGCAAGUACCACCUGAAGGGGUUCUGCCGCAACCAGCAGGCGAGGAGGGAAUGCAAGUUUAUUCACAACUUCCACUCGGACCACAAUCUCUGUGUUCUAAAACAAUAUGGACUUGAGAAUUUAAACAGUGGUGAACUUCGCCAGCUUCUGCUUCAAAAUGACCCUUCCCUCUUACCAGAGGUCUGCUUGCAUUAUAACAAAGGUGAUGGACCUCAUGGAUCUUGUACCUAUAAAAAGAUCUGCACGAAACUGCAUGUUUGCCAGUACUUUUUGUGGGGACAGUGCAGAUUUGGCCGCAGCUGCAAGCGAUCACAUGACUUACUAAAGUCAGAAUGUUAUGAGAAACUGGAGAGACAGGGAAUGAGCUCAGAAAUUAUUGAGAAACUACCCUCCAUUUAUAGGAAUAUGUAUGACAUAAAAAAUGGCAACAGGAACAUGUAUGACAUAGAAGAUGCGAAGUCUUCACCAUGUAAAGAGAGAAAACACAGCUGUAGCGGGGAGGCCUCAACUACAAAUGAUGAUGAAUUGGAACAGAUCUGUUUAUAUCAUCUCUAUAGAAGUUGUGUCUUUAAAGACAAGUGUGUCAGAACUCAUUUUUAUUUGCCAUAUAGAUGGCAGAUCUCUGAUGGUAAUACCUGGAAGGACUUGAAGAAUAUGGAAGAAAUAGAAAAGGCAUAUUGUAACCCAAAUAACUUCAGGUUUAAUAACGGUAUUACUGAAAGUGGCUCUGUCUUGUCACCUAUCUGUUUCCUGAAUAUGUGCUGUGGGUUUGCAAAGGUUAGACGUCUUUCUACAGCCUCCUCUGUGACCAAGCCCCCUCACUUCAUUCUUACAACAGAAUGGAUCUGGUACUGGAAAGAUGAGCAUGGCCUGUGGCAGGAGUAUGGAAGAAAAGAUGAUGAUCAUGUAGCUGCCACUGUCUCCAGUGAUGACCUGGAGAAAGCUUAUCUAGCCAAAAGUUCUCCAAAGCUGAACUUCAAAGCUGGAAGACAUGAAUAUGAACUUGAUUUUGGAGCCAUGAUUCAGAAAAACCUUCGCUACGCAACAGAGAGAGAUAUUUGCAGAAGACCUAAAUUUCUCUCUCAGACAGAGGUAGAAGAGACAAGAGCCAGGGGCUUUAAACAUACAGAAGAGUUUAAGGGCAUUCCAGCUCACUGGGACAAAUCUGCCAUGCCUGAACUGGGGUUCAAGCUGGUCGAGCUUGACAGUUCUUCUGAAGAAUACAAGAAAGUCAAGGUGGACUUUCAACGCACAAUGCCCAAAGCUGUUAUUAAAAGGAUUUGUAGAGUUCAGAACACAUCUCUCUGGGAACUAUAUCAAUGGCAGAAGGAACAAAUGCAGAAAAGCAAUGGUGGAAGGGCGGUGGAUGAACGAUUUUUAUUUCAUGGGACCAGUAAAAAAUAUGUUGAUGCCAUCUGCCAACAAAACUUUGACUGGAGGAUCUGUGGCCUUCAUGGGACAGUCUACGGCAAAGGAAGCUAUUUUGCAAGGGAUGCAUCUUAUUCUGACAACUACUGCAGGGAAGACUUGAACAUCAAGACCAUGUUUCUGGCACGGGUGCUGGUGGGGGAGUUCGCACUUGGCAGUUCUUCUUAUGUUCGGCCUCCCUUGAAGGACAACCAAAACUUCUACGACAGUUGUGUGAAUAGCUAUUCAAACCCUUCGAUCUUUGUUAUCUUUGAGAAGCAGCAGGUUUAUCCAGAGUAUCUGAUAGACUAUAGUGACCACGCAUUGGCAAGAAUGCUAUAGCAGCAAAACCUGUCAUCUUUAUGUUUAGUUGAUAUAAACAUUUUUUAGUAUUGGCUUAAGAGAGAAAAAGUGAUUUUUAGAAAUGGUGUAAUUAGGUGAGUGAUCAUGAAUAUUUGUUCUCUGUACUUUCUGUGCAAUAGAAAAUGAGGUAUAUAAAGACACAAAGGAUGUCUUAGAAUUCUUAAAAUCCUGUGCCUGUCUCCUGUUCUUUAGCAGGUAUCAUUUUUCCCUGCAUUACUAGAGACUUUUAUAAAUUUGAUGAAUUCAGUGGUGGUUGUAACAUGAGGAUUGGCUAUGACUGCCAAGUUUAAAGAAUAUUUAGUUAUAAUUGUUUGAAGAUAGGUCUUUAAAGUGCUUGUUGGUCAGAGGCUGUCUCCUUCUACCUGUUUGUCUUUGAAUUCAGUAUUUGAUAAAACCUGCUUUUUUUGAUAAUCUGUUUCCUGUAACAGUAGACAUCCAUGUGUUUGCAAAUGAGACUGUACAAUCUCUGUCUCUGUGCUCAAGUCAAUUGCAUAAAUUCUUCGCAGCACUUUUUUUUUAUCCCUACUUAAUCUUCACUAACAAAGCCUCAAAAAUUAAACUUGCUUGUUGAAAAGGAAAAAGAAGUGUACUUUCGCCUAUUAAUUUUCUCAUUUAAAACAAGAGCCGAAGACAUGAAGCAUGUAAGUAAGGGAUUAUCUAAGGGUUGCUUGGUGCUGUGCUACUCAGUUGACUUACUCUGUCAAAUAAAUGCCGUAUUUUAGGUUUGAGAGAACACAAGUUUUUCAUGACUUCCACUGUGCUGACAAAUGAGAGUGCUGGCAGGUGACAGUGGAGUGUGGGGAAGAAGAGGAGGCAGCUCACUGUCAUUUAAGAAUGUCAUGCUUUGAGUGAAAUACGCUGCUCGAUUAGCAAUCUUAUUUCUGUGGAGUGGCUUUACGGUUCUCUUACAGCUUUUAGGAAGGACAGUGAGUGACUGUCUCAUUAGAUUUACUGCCCUUUUGGUAGCAGAAGAUACACUGGUUACCUGUGUAAUCAAGGUGUCUUUGGACUCUCUUGCUGGAAAAAUGUGCUCACCUGGGGCGUUGUCUUUAGCCACAAAACUGAAACCUUUAAAAAUCUGAAGAUUAAGUUGAAUAUUUAAUUGUUCCCAGCAAAAGAUGUUAGUAGUGUUGAGCAGUCAGCGUACACGUAUGCAGAUAAUAAAAAAAUGUGAAUUGUCAGGUAUUUCUUCAUAUUAAAGUUGCUGAUGCUAGAGAGAUAAUUUAUCACAGAUUUAAUGCUCCCACAUGAGUACUUGUUAGCUAUAGGUAUCCUGGUUUUUGCUGGGAUAGAGUUAAUUUUCUUCCCAGCAGUUGAUACAGUGCUGUGUUUUGUAUUUAGUGUGAGAAUAGUGUUGGUAACAAACUGAUGUUUUAGUUCUUGCUAAGUAGUGCUUACUCUAAAUCAAGGGCUUUUCAGUUUCCCAUGCUCCACCGGUGAGCAGGUGCUCAAGAAGCUGGGAGGGAGCAGAGCCAGGACAGCUGACCUGAACUAGUGUUGUGGCUUAAUGACAGCUGGUAGUUAAGUACCACGAAGCCGCUUGCUCACUACCCCCUCCCACAGAGGGGUGGGGAGGAGAAUUGGAAUGUGAAACUCAAGGGUUGAGAUAAGAACAAUUUAAUAACUGAAAUAAAAUAAAACCAGAAGAGUAAUAGUUGACAAUAACAGUUUUAAUGAAAAGGAGGGAGAAGGAGAGAGGAACAAAAUCCAAAGGGGAGGGAGAAAACCAGUGACACACGGUACAGCUGCUCACCACCUGAUGCCUAGCCAGUCCCGGAGAAAUGAUCCACAGCCCCGGCCAACCCCUCAGAGUUUAUAUACUGAGCAUGGCACCCCAUGGUAUGGAACAUCCCUUUGGCUAGUUCAGGUCAGCUGCCCUGGCUGUGUCCCCUCCCAGCUUCCUGUGCCCCCCCAGCCCUCUCGCUGGCAGGGCCUGAGAAACGAACGCCACCCAGCAACAACCAAAAACAUCAGUGUGCCAUCAACAUUGAUUUUAUACCAAAUCUAAACCACAGCACUGCGCUAGCUACUAAGAAGAAAAUUAACUUAUCUCAGCCAAAACCAAGACAACUAGCCAAAGGGAUAUUCUGUACCAUAGAACAUCAUGCUGAGUAUGUAAACUGCGGGGAGUUGGCUGGGAAGGGCUGAUCGCUGCUCAGGGACUGGUUAGGUAUUGGUCAGCAGAUGGUGAGCAACUGCAUUGUGCAUCGCACUUGUCCUUCUUGGGUUCCAUUCCUCUCUUUUUGCUAUCUCCCUCUUCACUACAAUUAUUAUUGAUUAUUACAUUUUACUUUAUUUCAACUAUUAAUCUGUACUUAUCUCAGCCCACAGGUUUUACCUUUUUUUUGAUUCUCCUCCCCAUCCCACCGCGGGGUGUGUGUGUGUGGGAGGGGGACAUGGGACACGGGGACGGGGAGGAGUGAGCAAGCAGCUGGGUGGUACUUGGUUGCCAACUGGGGUUGAACCACGACAGUCCUUCUUGGCUCCCAAUGUGGGGCUCAGAGAGUUGAGAUAACAACAGAUUUGACCAGAGUGUGCUAAAACAACUUUGUUUAUAAGCAUUCAUUUUGCUGGUCUUAAUGUUCAUUUAUUUGCUCUCCUAGUUGUGCUUGUUGCCAGCAUUACAUUAUACACACCUUGCUUGCAGUGUGUGUUCCCUGUUGUGUUGGUUUUCGCCUCUGGGGGCUGGGCUAAGGUUAUAAUGUUGUUGUACUUUGUAACACUGGUUUAUGUUAUGAUAGAAUUGCUGUUUGAAACUAAUCUGGUAUUUGUAUCCAUUGACGUUGUAUUGACAGCAUUGUUGUGACAUUGCUGUCACCUCUGUACUUCGGGAGCCAUCUACUGGAAACUAUUAAUAAUUACACCUUUUGCCUUUUCUCCUCGGAGAGCCAACCUAUGCAGGAAACAUCUUCCUCUUCUCCUCCAGGUUAAUUACAACAGCAUUUGAGAAUUUUGAAAACUGUGAAUAGUCUUGGGAUACUGAAACCAGCAUGGUCCUAUUGCUAGGAGCCAUGAAUGUGGCUCAGGUCUUGUUUAGAGUUAAGCAAUUAUUCACAGCUACUCCAGCCCCCAUGACAAGCAUUGCAGCUACUCUGGCCCCAGUAACAGGCCCUGUGGCUACUCAAACCCUGGCGACAGGCACUGCAGCUUCUCGGGCCCCAGCGAUGGGUGAUGCAGUUGAACCAGAGGAGCAACCCGCGCCGGUAUCAAUUGCCUCUGUACACAAGAAGAAAUGGACGUGAAAGGCAGCUUAUUUAGUAAAGGAGGAUGAAGUAGGGACAUCACAAGAAGAGAAGGAAGAGGCAGAACAAGAAGGAACCACCAAAUCCCUAUCCCUGAGUGGGCAGCAGAAUAUGCAAGAAGAUUUCAGCUGUCAUCCAGGUGCGGACGUUAUCACCUGGUUGCUCCAAUGCUGGGAUAAUGGGGCCAGUAGCCUGGUAUUGGGGAGUACAGAAGCCAAGCAGCUGGGAUCACUUUCUAGGGGAAGUGAUUCUAGGGAAGGGCAUUGACAAGGUGCUUGGAAAAGGGACACAAGUUCUCAGCCUCUGGAGGUGACUCCUUUCAAGCAUGAAGGAAAGGUAUCCCUUCCAAGGAAGAUAUUAUAUGCCACCCAGACAAGUGGGCCACCAUGGAGAGAGGUAUCCAGUACCUGAGGGAAUUAGCUGUGCUAGAGAUGAUUUAUGAUGACCUGAACAAUGUGCCGUUGCCCACAGAUCCAGGUGCAGUGCAGUGCACGUGACCCAUGUGGCAGAAAUUUGUAUGGAGCGCACCAUUGUCGUGUGCCAACUCACUGGCAGUAAUGAUGUGGAGAGAUGAAGAGGCAUCAGUAGUGGAUGAAGGGGCUCACCAACUCCAGCAAUAUGAAGAAAGUCUCUCGUCCUUACAGGCCUGUGUCUUGGCUGUGGGGAAACUGUACUGGGAGUUCCAGCAAUUCAAAGAAGCUAUGUCCUACUCCCCAUCUGUAUGGACCAGUAUCUUAGCUAUUAACAGUAAGUGUUCUUUUGCUCGAGAGGGAGGAUAUUGAGGGUAUACAUCAUGGGCUCCCCUGUGGUUUUGCCUGCUGGACUGUGGAGAGGACAUGAGGAAGUGGGAUGGAAAAUCUGAUUCAGCCCUAGAGGCACAGGUAUGUGAAUUGCCAGCAAAAACAAUCACAAAUGGGAGUUCUUUGAGGAAAGUUGCUGCUCCAGUGGGCAGUUGCCCUGACGGAGUGGAAGGGCUGAUCUUGCUCCUGAUCCUAUGGAAAGGAAUUCUGAUCUGUUUUUACAAGAAGUAAGUGGAGAAUCCUUUGACCAGGACUAGAGAGGCCCUGCUUCUAGCUAGAUGGAGGAGAGGGACAACCGGAUUUACUGGACUGUGGAUCAGAUAGCCUGGCCCGUCAGACCCACAGGAGUAUAAGGCUCUAGCAGACACUGAUGCACAGCGUACCCUAAUGCUGUCAAGCUGUAAUACCCAUUUGUAUUUCAGGAGUGACAGGGGCAUCCCAACAGCUAACUGCUGGAGGCUGAAGUAAGCCUGACUGGGAAUGAGUGGCAAAGACACCCGGCUGUGACUGGCCCAGAGGCAUCCUGGGCAUAGACUGCCUUAGGAGAGGGUAUUUCAAGGACUCAGAAGGGUAUCGGGCUUUUGGUAUAGCUGCCUUGGAGAUGGAGGAAAUUAAGCGGCUGCUUAAUUUCUAACCUAGCUCUGUCUCUCAGAGGACCCUUCUGUUGUAGGGUUGCUGAGGGUUGAAUAUUUUGUUCUUCAGCAAAAACACAAGGUUUUACCUUUUUCUGAUUCUCCUCCCCAUCCCACCGGGGGAUGGGAAGGGGUGAGUGAGUGGCUCCAUGGUACUUAGUUGCUGGCUGGGGUUAAACCAUGACAAUAGCUGAAGUCAUGUUAAUCUUUUGCAAAAAAAUUGAAACAUUUUUUUUCAUGCAAAAAGUAGAGAUAUUUUAAAAUAACAUUCUUGAUGGCUAGUAUUAUUUUUAAAACCUUUAACUUAGUUCUUGGAGGGGAUAUGUAAUUUUGUGUGCAUGUAUGUGUGUAAGUAAGAUAAUUAAUAAAAUGGCUGGUUGUUUUA